AAGGGGGGAGAGGGAAAAGAAAGCCAGGGGGAAUGUCUAAGGGAGUCUGAGGGAACCGGUGGGCAGGAGAGAGAGACUUUGGACGGCAGACUGCAGGAAAGAGUGGUUUAAAAAUACUCCCUCGGUUGCUAGAAAUAGAUUUGGGUUUGGACAACUUAAUCAGGAAAAGCUCAGUGCGCGUUUUAGCUGUGCGCUUUUUGGGUAAGUUGGUGGACACAACACCUCCUCCGUUUGGAACCAAAACAACUGAGGAAAAGCAACAAGACUUCUCAGCAGCGGGGAGAUUGUUUCUUUUUUUGUGUCUCCUUUUAAAAGGGAACUGAAACGACAGGAUCCGGUUUGUUUUGGUCCCGUUUGUGGAUACUCACACAUUAGCAAGUCACAGCGAAACUUUUUUUUUCUCACUUUGCGCACAACUUUGGAUCGUGGAGCUGCUGAGAUGCGGUGAUGGAGUUCUGCGAUGUUUCCAAGAUGACUGCUCUCCUUAAGAAGCUCAUUUUCAGACGUGAUCUCCUCUCAAGAGAAACCAUGAACGGCUCUAAAUGGUCUUUCUUCACCCUCGCUGUCAUGUUUUUGACCUGGAAGCCUGCAGCCGCCGGGACACUGUCAGAUCUGGAGUUUGAACGGAGUCCCACCACCGUCAUCUCCUCACUGGGCAAACCUGUUACGAUGCACUGCACCCUGAAGGGAACAGGGGGCGAGGAAGAAGACCCCCCGGACGUGGUCUGGCUGAGAGACGACGUGCCGCUUCUGUAUGCAGACACCAACCAGUUCCAAGGCCUCACCGGCAGCAACAGCUGGACAAUCAAGAGCACGCUCAGAAUUGAGAAGGUCCAGCUUCCCGACAUGGGCUCCUAUAGAUGUGCUGUUUUUUCAGAAAGCCACCAGACUCUGUCUGACGAGGGCAGAAUUCAGCUGGAAGGCCUUCCUCAUUUCUCCGUGGAGCCUCAGCACAUGUCUGUAGUGGCCAACGUCUCCCUGAGCCUGAGCUGUGUGGCCCACGGACCUCCGGAGCCGGUCAGAGUGAUCUGGCUGCAGGACGGGGCUCCUCUCAACUCCCUGGCGGACCCUGUGGCCCUGUCACCCUCCACGCUCAACCUCACAGGUCUGAACAGGACCAGCACCUUCUCUUGUGAAGCCCACAACCUCAAGGGUGUGGCCACCUCUGGGUCUGGUACCAUCACUGUCCUCCCAGGCCAGCCUCAGAACAUCAGAGCUGUGGAGACCACUCAGACCUCACUCCGUUUAUCAUGGCAGCCCGGUUUCGGAGGCGACUACCCGAUAAUCCGCUGCUCUGUGCAGGCCAAACAUUCAGGCGAGUCCUUCACGGCGGGCCCAGAUAAGUUGAUCCACAACCAGAACGUGAACAUCCCACCAGCCACCCACCUCAUCGGGGACCUGGAGCCCCACAGCCUCUACGCCGUCAGGGUGGCCUGUCACAGCAGCCAGGGCCCGUCCGACUGGACGCCCUGGGUGGAGCUACGCACCAAAGAAGGAGUGCCAGACAGCCCACCUGUCAACGUUACGGCUGUGCUAAAUGGGACGGAGGUGCUGAUGGCGUGGGAGGGGCCUCCGGGGAAGCUGAACGGAGAAUUACAGGGUUACAUGGUGGAGUACAGCACGCCUGCAGCGCAGCAGUUUAUUGUGGACACUGGAUUGGACACUGAGCUGUCAAUCAACCUGUCCGUCCCCCUGUCCAAUGUGACUUUUCGAGUGUGUGCCUACACAGGGGCGGGUCAAGGGCCUUGGACCCCCGCACAGACGUUGACACUUACGCCUCAAAUAUGGGGAUUCAGAGGUCCGUCGUCGCCCCCGGCCUUUUCCUGGCACUGGUGGUAUGUGGUGAUGGCCAUCGCCGGCGCUGUGUCCAUAGCUGUGCUCAUGGCUGUUUACGUGGCCAAGCUGCGGCGCAAGGAGACGCGCUUUGGGGAAGCCUUUGAACCUAUGAUGGAAAGCGGAGAACUGGUGGUCAGGUAUCGCGCUCGCCGCACCUACAGCCGCAGGACUACAGAGGCUACAUUGAACAGUCUCGGCAUCAGCGAUGAGCUGAAGCAGAAGCUCCAAGAUGUGAUGGUGGACAGACAUAAACUAACCCUGGGAAAGACUCUGGGAGAAGGGGAGUUCGGCUCUGUGAUGGAAGGCCUGCUGACUCAGGAGGAGUCUGUUCUCAAAGUUGCUGUCAAGACCAUGAAAAUUGCCAUCUGCACACGCUCAGAGAUGGAAGAUUUUCUACGCGAGGCCGCCUGCAUGAAGGAGUUCGACCACCCCAACGUCAUGAGGCUUUUAGGUGUGUGUCUGCAGACUGUGGAGAGUGAAGGUUACCCCUCCCCGGUGGUCAUCCUGCCCUACAUGAAACAUGGAGACCUGCACAGCUAUCUGCUGUACUCGAGGCUUGGCGACUGUCCUGUGUACCUCCCAUCUCAGAUGCUGGUGAAGUUUAUGACCGAUAUUGCCCGGGGAAUGGAGUACCUCAGCAGCAAGAACUUCAUCCACAGAGACCUCGCUGCCCGUAACUGCAUGCUGAAUGAAAACAUGAAUGUAUGCGUGGCCGACUUUGGCCUCUCCAAGAAGAUCUACAACGGCGACUACUACAGACAGGGGAGGAUCUCCAAGAUGCCGGUUAAAUGGAUCGCCAUCGAAAGCUUAGCUGACCGCGUCUACACCACAAAGAGCGACGUGUGGUCGUUUGGAGUCACCAUGUGGGAAAUCGCCACUCGGGGCCAGACGCCAUAUCCUGGGGUGGAAAACAGUGAGAUUUAUGAUUAUCUGAGACAAGGAAACCGUCUCAAACAACCUCCAGACUGUCUGGACUGCAUGUAAGUUUUAGCUCCCUCUCCA